AUGCCUGAUGCGGCAAAAUGGGGCAGCGCGGCCCUUCGGUUCAUUCAGCUUGCCCUUGCGGUCAUUGUUAUGGCCCUGAUAGGAAAUAUGAUUGACGAUGCUAUACGCGGCAGCUCGUCAGUGGUCAACUACAAUUUAUUCGUAUCAGCAUUUAUCUUGUUGUCCUUACUCUAUCUUAUUCCGGCAUCACUCAGCGACACGGUCAUGUUCCAUCCUGUCCUAACGUUCAUUAUCGAUGCCCUCUGCUGUGUCUUUGCCUUCUGCGGAGCUAUUGCUCUUCCUGCCAGACAGCACGUGCAUAGUUGUUCUAACAGGGCAUACACCUCCACCAACCCGGUGAGCAGAGGAUCGAAAUCCCUGGAGAAAACUUGCCGUGAAGGUCAGGCAGCCACUGCAUUCUUGUGGUUCUUGUGGUUCGCCUUUUUGCUGUCCACCCUAUAUUCCCUCUGGCGUGUCAAACAGCGCUACUCCGGAGGUGGAGACCGCCAACGCACAUCACCCAACCGUGGACAAACGCCAACGAUGUCCCAGGUAUAA